AUGGCCUCACACAGUCUCUUCCCCUCGUUUCUAGAUAGCUCCAACUCUCCGGUGCCGAAUAGUGCCACAAGGCUUGCUCCUUCACCAAUGAACCAACAGCAACCAAGUAAUCACAUCAAUGGCAACGGUGCUUCGAUUAAUGGGAUGCCGAUGAGUGCUGGGCAGCAAAUGGACGUCAAUCUACUAUACCAGAAAGUCCUCGAACUCAGUGAUCUCCUACGAGAAAAUCGAGAGAAAACGUCUGGAAUUGUUGCCGGUGCUGAAGAGCUUGCUGUAUGCACAAGAGCUGCAGCCAAUGGGGCAUCUCCAUCUUUGCAAGAAGCCAAUGCCGAAGUAGCCAGUGCGUCUUCACACCUAUCUCAACUCUUUAAUUAUACUAAAUACCAGCCCAUAGCUGCCAGGAUAGCUGAUCUUGAGCGUCGACUUGCUACCGAACAACAUAAGGUCCUGAUACUAAUCCAGGAGCAAAAAGAGAACACAUCGUUGAUUGGCGAAUGGGAGAACAAAGUAGGCGAGCUCGUCGAGAAAGUCCGAGAACAUACUUUCGACAACAAAAGCGAACUCAAUGCCCAAGCCAGGCACUACAAUGGUUUGUUACAGGAGGAGAAGGACGCCCAUCUGCAGGCACGUAUCGAGAAAGACGAGUGGCAUGCCAAAUUUAUGCGAGCGGUCGCCAUGAUGAGGGAGUCUUACCGAUUGAGAUGUGAAGAAGAAGAGGUCCCGCUGAGGGUGGUGAGUGGAUUGCAAAAUGAGGUCAGGGCUCUGAGAAGUGCGUUAGGAAUGGAGUCAGAAAGGGUCGAAGAAGAGUAUGGGUGGGAAAUACUGAAGGAUGCGCCUGGUGGGCCUGGAGAGGUCUGA